AUGUUCCUUCUGUGCUCACUGCUGCUGGCCUUGGCCCUGGCGGCCGUCCCCGGCGUCCGAGGCGCCUGCCCGCAGCCCGCCGACCUCAAGAACGUCAACGGGACGCGCAUCUGCGCCAGGCUCUACGACAAGAGCGACCCCUACUACGAUCUCUGCUGCGGCGGCGCCGAGCUGUCGCUGGAGCCGGGCGCCGACAUGCCCUACCUGCCCUCUGGCUGGAAGAACACCAUCUCGUCCCUCGUGGUGGCCCCUCGCUGCGAGCUCACCGUGUGGUCCUCUCGCGGCAAGGCCGGCAAGACGCGCAAAUUCUCGGCCGGCAGCUACCCGCGCCUGGAAGAGUACCGCCGCGGCAUCUUCGGGGACUGGUCCAACUCCAUCUCCUCGCUCUACUGCAGGUGCUUCUGAUACCUUAGCAGUCCCUCAUCUCCAUCCCCCGCAAAGUGCUGAGCCCCUCACCUGGCCUUGUCCGUGGCGUCUGCUGAAGUCCGCAAGACCCAGAAGAGAGCUCAC